AUGGAGUGGUCUUGGCCGGAAAGUGUGCUCUCAAAUAGGGAGAGGGUGGUGGAGGAGUUGAUCCAAGGGCGUGAACUGGCAAGUCAACUUAGUAAGGCUUUUGCUAAUAGAUCACUUGUUGUUAAUGGUGAUGAUGGGGGAUCGGCUGAAGGUAUUGUUAAUAAGAUUUUGGGGUCAUUUGUGAAUACCCUUUUGAUUAUAAAUGGGAAGGAGUCUGACCAGGAGUUUGUUUCUGAUCAGAUUCAAGGAAAUAGUAGUGGAGUCAGUGGUGGUAGUACUGGUCUAAUAUUAAGUCUGAAGAUUAUAAUGAGGAGGAGAUCAGUUGUAAGAGCACUUCAACCUUCAAGGAUCGAAGAGGUUCCUACAAGAGAAGAAAGGCUUCACUCUUGGACUACAGACACUCCUGCUUCGAACAUUGAUGACAGUCAUGCAUGGAGAAAGUACGGACAGAAAGUUAUCCACAAUGCCAAGCAUCCAAGGAACUACUUUAGAUGCACUCACAAAUACAAUCAAGCGUGCAAAGCAACCAAGCAAGUGCAACAAGUUCAAGAUCAUCCACCAGUGUUUCGAACCACAUAUUAUGGCACCCACACGUGCAGAGACUACCCCAAAGCUUCUGAACUGGUCUUGGAUUGCACUAGUCCUAGAGAUUCCUCAAAAUUCAUUAGCUUUGACAACGCCAACUGUUUGGAAAACAAACAAGAGCACUUCACAUCCUUCGCUUCAUCAUCAGUUAAAGAAGAACUGAUCGUCAAGGCAACAAGUGAUCAUACGGUGACAAGCCACAACAACCAUUCGUCACCAAGUGAUUAUCUACUGUCGCAUGAUGAUCUGAUGGCAUUCGAUUCCUUUUGGCCCAUGAGCGAGUUUUCAUCAAGCAUUGAUCAGUAUGAUCGUGACGAUGUGUUUUUGAAGAUGAUUGCCGAGUCUUAAUGAAGUUUUGCCGAUUAGUUGCAAUAGCUGACUACAUGCGAAACGAACGUAAGUACAUAAUUGUCAAAGGAUAAGGAGAGGGGGCGAACGUGGAUGGUCUCUAGGCCAAAAGAGUGGUUGCCUGGAGGGAAAAAUCAAGUGGUAGAACAAGCAGAAAGUCCAAGUUGAGGAAUUGCAAUCCAUUUAUCGGAUACUUUUACGUGUCGCUGGGCAUCGGCGAUAGCGAAAAUAAGAACGUUGUGUUCAUUGCUUUUGUCAUGAAUUAUGUGGUGCAUGUGAAGAUAGCAGAAUGUAUGAACUUUAGAAGAACAGAAAAUUGUAUGAAAUAUUGAGAGAAAAUGAUAGAUGUAAAUGUAUUUGUUUUUUCCUUA